AUGCGGGCGCAUUGCUUGGCCCUCGGGCGCCACCUCGAGCUUGUCACGGAAGAGCUCCGUGCUAUCGCUGGGCUCUAUGGCGAGACCAACUUGCACAUCCACAACGAGCCCUCGCUGCAAGCCCGCUUCUUCCGCGUCGACUUUAGCUCCGAGACCAUGGCCAAGUGCAUCGUCGCCCGCUGCGUCUUGAUCCAAGCAGCGUACGAAGUCCUCGCAUUGCAGGUGUCGGUGGCGGCGCUGGCGACGCAGCUCGAAGCGCACUGCUUUGCACGCCCACCUGCGACGACCGUCGACGUCAAAAUGCCAAAGAAACGCCUGCGUGGCCCGAAAGACAAGCGUGCUGUGCUGGGUCGCCUCGCCUUGUUCGACGUCGAGAGCUUCCUCACGGCGCAGGCGCUGCCAGCGUCGACCCAUCUUUGCGUUCUCAUCGAAGACGAUGGCCGCGCGCUAUUGAGUCGUCUCGUUGGCCACGGCCUCUCUCCAACAAGCGGUGGUCACGGUGGCCGCGUCGGCAGUGGCCUGGCUGCCACGUACGCGCUCCACAAGCGGCCGUACACGGGAGUCACGACCAUGGACCCGGAGCUCGCGCUCGUCAUGGCCAACCUCGCGCAGGUUCGUCCCGGCGACUGGGUCGUCGAUCCCUUUGCAGGCUCGGGUGGCAUCCUCCUCGCGUGCGCUCAUUUUGGCAUCGGGCUCGGCCUCGCCCACGACGUGAGCUUUCGGUCGCUCCAAGGCGACGGGCCCGGUCGCGACAUGGCCGCCAACUUUGGCGAGUUUGCAUUUGCGCCCCCCGAGCGUUGCCUCCACGACGUCCGGCACGACAUGUGGCGUCCGAACCUCGUCGUCGACGCGAUCGUGUGCGACCCGCCGUACAACAUUCGCACGUUUGGCACUGCAGGCGACAACGGGCUCGAGAACCAGCUCCUCCAGCCGCUAAUCGCGCUCGCCGCGCGCCGCUUGGCUCCCCAAGGCCGCCUCGUCUGCUACGUGUGCGUCGCGGGCGACGCCGACCUUGGCGCCUACCUCGCGACCGUCCUCGCACCGACCAAUCUGCGCCUCUGUGCGAGCAUCGCGCAAGGGGUGACUGGCAAGGACGAUGCGCAUUGGUCCCGCAGCCUCCUCGUGCUUGAACAAGCCGGUGCGCGCGCGCCGCUACCGAUUGCAAGGGCCGAGAAUAUACCGACGACGAGCGCGUGGGCGGUGGCGCGGUUGCUCGAGUGGCGCAUCGCCCGCAGCCAGCGUCCGUUCGAUGUGUGGCGCGCCGCGUGGGUCGGCGAUCUGCCGUCGCUCCAAGCGUUUGCAGCCGACGGCGGCGACCUCGACGUGCGCGAUGAGAAGGGCAAGACCCCGCUCUUCUUUGCGUGCGGCUACGACCAGUCGGCGGUCGUCGCGUUCCUACUGACGCAGCACGCCGACCCGAAUCAAUGCGACGACGACGGCACGAGUCCGCUGUCGCAAGCCGCACGGUUCGGCCACGUGCAAGUGCUGCAGCAGUUGCUCGAGGCGGGUGCCAACCCGUGCGUCGCGUCCAAGAAGCGCUGGUCGCCCGCGUACUUUGCAGCGUCCCACAACCAUACCGAGGUGCUAGUGGCUCUGCAUGCGCACUCCGCAACGUCGCUGCAUGUGCGCGGACCAGGCGACCAAACGAUACUGCACCGCGCGGCCGAGUGCGGGCACCUCGACCUUCUUCGCGCGGUCAUCGCCCUCGACCCGGCGCUGGCCUCGGUGCGCGACUAUCACCAGCGCCAUUUCGCCAUGGCGGCGGCCCGCGCCGGCCACAUCAGCAUUGUUGAAGCGUUCGCGACAGACGAUAUAGACGCCCACGGCGAGACGCUGCUGCACGAAGCCGCUCGCUUUGGCCGACUCGAUGUCGCGUCCUUCCUCGUCGCCACGCGUCCGUGGAUGGUGAGCGCUGCCAACAACGCCGGCGACGUCCCUUCGGACUUGUGCCACGAGAUCGUCCAAUCGUCCUAA